AUGUUGCUCCGAUUCGCGGCCAACGCGGGGCAUACCCACGCCGAGGGGAAUACGCCCUCGACCGCACCAGGCCACAACCAUUCGCAUGGGGAUGGACAUGACCACGCGCAUGGUCUGUUUCACUCACACGACCACUCGCACUCGGAGGGCGCGGCGCAGAUCAUCAACGCGUUCAAGACGGGCAAGUUGGACCGCGGGACCAAGAUUACGUUGCUCGGCCUCGGAUCCAACGUUGCACUCACUGUCGUAAAGGGUGCUGCGGGCUUCUUCAUGAACUCGGCGUCGCUGCUGGCGGAAGCAGGACACAGUCUGAGCGACCUGUUAGGCGACUUCGUCACUCUCGCCACCUGGAGGAUAUCGCGCAAGCCUCCUGAUGACCGCUUCCCGUGGGGCUAUGCCAAGUUCGAGACAUGCGGAACCCUCGCUGUGUCCGUGAUCCUGGUCGGCGGCGCGCUCGGCAUCGGGUUGCACAGCUACCAUCUGCUCAUGCAGGUGAUCUUGCCGUGGCUCGAAUCCUUGCCGCCCGACAGCACGUUCGCAGGCCUACAGGCUUGGCUGCCGAGGAGUGUACCCUCUCCGCUGCUCGAGCUGUUCCAUGCGCACGGUGUGGGUGAGGUGCACGACCAUUCACAUGGUGUCGCGGACCAUGGGCACAGCCACGGCGUCGAGGGAGGCCACGAGCAUGCUCUCAACCCCCACGCAGCGUGGUUCGCGCUCGCGAGCGUCCUCGUUAAGGAGUGGCUGUACCAGCUCACGAACAAGGUGGCAAAGCAGGAGAACUCGCCAGUGUUGCGAGCCAAUGCCCUCCACCACCGUGCUGACGCGCUCACGUCCCUCGUCGCUCUCGGCUCGAUCCUCGGCACGUCACUCGGCGGCGUCCGGUGGCUCGACCCCCUUGGCGGCAUCGCUGUGUCGUUCUUCAUCCUGCAACAGGGAUUGUCGCUUUCCAAGGUAGCGUGCAUGGAGCUCCUUGACGUCGGCAUCAAUGCCAAGACACAGAAGAGCAUCGAGAAGGUUGCUUGCGAGCUCGUCGACGGUGUUGAGCUCCUUGGCGUCCGCAAGGUCCGCGGCGUGCGCUCAGGAGGUCAGAUCGUUCUGGACCUCACCAUCGUCGUGCCUUCCACAAUGUGUGUGUACGACGCACACGAGGUCGAACUUCGCUUGCGCAGCCACAUCAUGGGCGCGCGCACCGACAUCCGCGAGAUCAAGGUGCAUGUACAUGCAGACAUUCACGACGACGGCAACCCGACACCACCAACCGUUAACAGUGAUUUUACCAAGCACGGGUGCGACCCGUGGGAAGAGGGAAACGACAAGUAG